AUGUUGUUUUUGGUGUUGUCGCAGUUGACCGGCCUGGUCAACGCGCUGCAGCCUCUGCCCCCAGUUUCACCAAGUUACAGCAAGAGCGAUGACCUCGGCUUCUCUAUCGGCACGGAUGCAAGGAAGAUAUAUAUCGACAGAAGCUUUGCCGAAAAGAGAGACUCGGAAGGUCUCACGCUUAUACCGCCAACUGCUCAUGAGUUUGCUGAAACAUUCCGCACCGACAUCUCAUCGCUCUUUGGUGGUUCCUGGACUCUGGAGCAAGUAGACGACUUUCCACCCACUGGUAUCCAUAUCGGCCCGAUCCGAGAUACCGAUAUCUCAUUAACAUACGAGAAUGGCCACCCUACAGAAGAAGGAUACGAGCUUGAGGUCGCCAAUGGCACCAUAUACAUAGGCGGAGCAGGUGCUAGAGGCAUGUUCUGGGGAACGCGUACCCUAUUGCAGAAGCUCUUGAUUGACGACGGCUCUCUCAUGACGGAUUGGAUAGUUGAUGCGCCUGCGUACAGCACACGGGGAUUCAUGCUCGACGCAGGCCGUAAAUGGUACGAGAAGGACUUCCUCAAAGAGCUCUGCACGUAUGCCUCUUUCUUCAAGAUAUCAGAGUUCCACUAUCACUCUAGCGACAACUAUCCCUUGAACCGUGGCCGCAAUGAGACGUGGCAGGAUGUAUUCUCGCAUUUUUCGCUGUAUCCAGAAGAGAAUGUAGAACUGCAGGGUAUCAUCCAGCGCCCAAACGAGACCCUUUCACGCGCCGACUUCGAAGACUUCCAACAGCACUGUGCACAACGUGGUGUCACCGUCAUUCCCGAGAUCGAAGCCCCAGGCCAUGCUCUAGCGAUUACGAAAUGGAAGCCUGAGCUAGCACUAGCAAAGGAGGACCUCCUCAACCUGAGUCAUCCGGACGCAAUCCCGACAGUCAAAGCAAUCUGGUCAGAGUUUCUCCCAUGGUUUCAGACGAAGGAGAUACACAUUGGUGCUGAUGAAUACGAUUCCGAUCUGGCAGACGACUACAUCAAUUUCGUAAACGAGAUGGCCGACUUCAUCAACAGUACUUCUGGUAAACGCGUACGUAUCUGGGGUACUUACGAGCCAUCCGAGAAUCUCACCAUCUCGAAAGACAUCAUAGUACAGCACUGGCAGUACGGCCAAUCAGACCCUCUCGAGCUCCAGAACGAUGGAUACGACAUGAUCAACUCCGAGGAUUGGUGGGCAUACAUGAGUCUUAAAAACGACCAUAUGCCCAUCCUCCCGGCACCGUAUCCGCAGUUCUAUAACGUCACCCGCACGAUGAACUUUGCCAACGUACCAGGAUGGCAGUGGGAACCAUCUCUUUACAACCCAGUCAACAUCACAGAGCAGGUCGAGCCUCGUGCUAGCGGUAACAGAGGCGCUAUUCUUGCUGCUUGGAACGACAAUGGUCCGGAUGCGACUACGCAGCUGGAAGCAUACUAUGCGAUGCGAGAGGGUAUGCCAGUCAUGGCGGCGGGUGCGUGGGCGGGUGCGCGAGGUGCAAAGAUUGUCCCAGAGGAGUUGGCGGACAGUAUCGCGGUCUUGGCAACAAAAGCUCCCGGACAAAAUCUAGAUCGUCGUUUCACGAUCGCUGAAUCAGAUCCACAGAGCUCAGCGCUGAUAUCGUGGACACGGAACUCUUCCAGUAACAGCAACACGACAUUGGGUAUGGGCACGUAUGGACCACCGUACACCCUGACCCUGAACGUAUCUUCAUCCUUCACCUUGCCAGGCCCUGAUACCUCACUUUCUCUUGUUGAUCUUCCAAACAACUCCAGUGGUAGCACCACAACACUAAUGUUCACCACGGCCGAUGGCUUCGAGUAUCCCCUACGUUCCGUGUCUUCUGUUGAUGGCCACGAUACUGGACAUCCGGGUCGCAUAUGGACUAACCAGACAACAUCUUCCCAUGAUCCAGUACCGAUCAGGCUGCCAGCAAAUUUGCGCAUUGAGACCGACAUAAUUAGCGGUAGUCGCGUCUGGGUGAAUGAUACAUUCGCGGGCCGGUUUGAAGUGUUCGUAUUUGGGGGCCGGAAUACGCUGUUUAGCUGGAGUCAAAUGGCGCUUGUUGCGCCGCUAGACGUGGUAGAGGGUGGUGUUGAUAGUCUGAUGCUUCAGACUGGUGUUGUGCUAGGUGCGUCAUAA